AUGACGUAUGAAGAAUUCAUGGCCCUAGAAUGCCCUUCUGGCAGUGAAGAUGAGUUAGAUUUUGACGAUUCAGAUGGAGACCCGACAAUAAACGUAAAUGAUCUGGAUUCUGCAGAUAGUGAUAGGGAGCCUGAGGCUACUGCAGUUAAUACACAUAAUUCAAAUAAUUAUUGUUUGAAGGAUGAUGAGAAUGAAGCUGUUUCUGACGCAAAGAGAUACUUUGAGAGUCUGAUGGGCACUUUGCAUUUCAAUGACAAUACAAAGCGGCCAGACCCUGAGACUCAAGAUCAUGACAAAUUGUACAAAAUCAGACCUAUAAUUUAUCAUGUGAAUAAAAAAUGUCUUUUGCUUCCAAUGAGUGAGCGUUUGUCAGUUGAUGAACAAAUCUGCACAACCAAAGCAAGGCAUCACAUGAAGGUUUAUAUGAAAGACAAAUCACAUAAAUGGGGGUAUAAACUAUUUGUUUUGUGUGGGGAUAUGGGAUUUGCACACAAAAUUGAAAUCUACAGUGGGCAAGAAAAUAAUCCAAAAUUCAGGUUAGAUAAUGAACCACAUAUUGGAGCAUCUGGCAACGUUGUGAUUCGCCUCAUAAGGGAAGUUCCAAGGUAUCAGAAUUACAAGUUCUACUUUGACAGAUAUUAUACCUCUAUGGAUCUAGUUGUAUACCUUUUCAAAUUUGGGAUCCAGAGUGUAGGUAUAAUACAAAGGAAUAGGAUAACAAAUUGCAAAUUUCAAAGUGAAAAUGAACUGAAGAAAGAAGAAUAUGGCUAUUUUGGGGAAUACAUCACUUCUGUUGACAAUGUGGACGUUUCCUCCGUUUUGUAUGAAGAUAAUAAUAUUGUAUGUUUCCUGUCCACAUUUGUUGGUGAGCUGCCAAAAUCUGAAGUGACAAGAUUUGACAGAAAGAAGAGAGAGCACAGAAUGGUGCAGUGUCCAGCUGUUGUUUCUGUUUACAACUCACAUAUGGGAAAUGUAGAUUUGUUGGAUAGCAUCAUUGGAAGAUGUCAUAUAAAGAUUAGACCCAAAUGCUGA